AUGCUGUGGCGGGGUAGCCAGGCGCUACGGCACUUCUCCACCGGCCGGGUUUAUUUCAAAAACAAGCUGAAGUUGGCACUUAUUGGCCAGAGCCUGUUUGGACAGGAAGUCUAUAGCCAGCUCCUGAAAGAGGGCCACCGAGUAGUGGGAGUGUUCACAGUGCCAGACAAGGAUGGAAAGGCCGAUCCACUGGCUUUGGCUGCAGAGAAAGAUGGGACUCCUGUGUUCAAGUUUCCUCGAUGGAGAGCCAAGGGUAAAACCAUCAAGGAGGUAGCAGAAGCCUACCAGUCGGUGGGGGCCGAGCUCAACGUGCUCCCCUUCUGCACGCAGUUCAUCCCCAUGGAUGUCAUUGACAGCCCAAAGCAUGGCUCCAUCAUCUACCACCCCUCACUCCUACCCAGGCACAGAGGAGCUUCUGCCAUCAACUGGACUCUAAUCAUGGGAGAUAAGAAAGCUGGGUUUUCUGUUUUCUGGGCAGAUGAUGGUUUAGAUACAGGACCCAUUCUUCUUCAGAGAUCGUGUGACGUCAAGCCCAAUGACACAGUGGAUGCGCUUUAUAACCGGUUCCUUUUUCCUGAGGGGAUCAAGGCCAUGGUGGAAGCUGUCCAACUCAUAGCGGAUGGAAAAGCUCCUCGCACUCCCCAGCCAGAAGAGGGGGCAACAUAUGAAGGCAUCCAGAAGAAGGAGAACGCUGAGAUUUCUUGGGACCAGCCUGCUGGAGUUUUGCAUAACUGGAUUCGAGGUCAUGAUAAAGUCCCUGGAGCCUGGGCAGAGAUAAAUGGACAGAUGGUGACCUUCUAUGGCUCAUCGCUGUUGACUAGUUCUGUGCCUGCUGGAGAACCACUGGACAUUAGAGGUGCCAAGAAGCCCGGUCUUGUCACCAAAAAUGGCCUUGUUCUUUUUGGGAAUGAUGGAAAAGCACUGAUGGUGAGAAACCUGCAGUUUGAGGAUGGAAAGAUGAUUCCUGCCUCCCAGUACUUUUCUGCAGGAGAGACAUCAGUGGUAGAACUUACAGCUGAGGAGCUGAAGGUGGCAGAGACCAUUAAGGUCAUCUGGGCUCGAAUUUUAAGCAACGUCCCUGUGAUUGAGGACUCCACGGACUUCUUUAAAUCUGGAGCAAGCUCAAUGGAUGUUGUGAGGCUGGUGGAAGAGAUCAGACAGAAUUGCGGAGGGCUUCAACUGCAGAAUGAAGAUGUCUACAUGGCCACCAAGUUUGGAGAUUUCAUCCAAAAGGUUGUGCGGAGACUGAGAGGAGAGGACGAAGAGGCAGAGCUGGUGGUGGAUUAUGUUUCCAAGGAGGUGAAUGGAAUGACAGUGAAAAUCCCCUACCAGUGUUUCAUAAACGGGCAGUUUGUGGAUGCCGAGGACGGAGAGACUUACGCCACUGUCAACCCCACAGACGGAACAACAAUAUGCAGCGUGUCCUAUGCUUCUUUAGCGGAUGUUGACAGAGCAGUAGCGGCAGCCAAGGACGCCUUUGAGAACGGCGAAUGGGGAAAGAUGAAUGCCAGAGACAGAGGAAGGCUCAUGUACAGACUUGCUGACCUAAUGGAAGAAAACCAAGAGGAGCUGGCGACCAUAGAAGCACUGGAUUCUGGGGCUGUCUACACCCUGGCUCUGAAGACUCACGUUGGAAUGUCUGUGCAGACAUUCAGAUACUUUGCAGGCUGGUGUGACAAAAUUCAGGGCUCUACAAUUCCAAUCAACCAGGCCCGACCGAAUUACAACCUGACCUUCACCAAGAAGGAGCCUCUUGGUGCCUGUGCCAUCAUCAUUCCCUGGAACUACCCACUGAUGAUGCUGGCCUGGAAGAGCGCAGCAUGCCUGGCGGCAGGCAACACCCUGGUGCUCAAGCCUGCUCAGGUCACACCCUUGACGGCUCUGAAGUUUGCAGAGCUGACCGUGAAAGCUGGCUUUCCAAAGGGGGUAAUCAACAUCAUUCCGGGCUCAGGGGGUGUCGCAGGACAGCGGCUCUCUCAGCACCCUGACAUCCGCAAGCUUGGUUUCACUGGAUCCACCUCGGUGGGCAAACAGAUCAUGAAAAGCUGUGCUGUGAGCAACCUGAAGAAAGUUUCCCUUGAGCUUGGUGGCAAAUCCCCACUGAUAAUAUUCAGGGACUGUGACCUUGACAAGGCCAUACGGAUGGGCAUGGGCGCAGUGUUUUUCAAUAAAGGCGAGAACUGCAUUGCAGCUGGGCGGCUGUUUGUGGAAGAGGCCAUCCACGAUGAAUUUGUAACCAGAGUGGUGGAAGAGAUUAAAAAGAUGAAAAUUGGAGAUCCCCUGGACAGAUCUACGGACCAUGGGCCCCAAAACCACAGAGCGCACUUGGAAAAGUUGCUGCAGUACUGCGAGACUGGGGUGAAGGAGGGAGCCACACUGGUGUAUGGAGGAAGACAGGUGCAGAGGCCAGGCUUCUUCAUGGAACCCACUGUGUUCACAGGCGUGGAAGACCACAUGUACCUUGCCAAGGAGGAAUCCUUCGGGCCUAUCAUGGUCAUCUCUAAAUUCCAAAAUGGGGACAUUGAUGGGGUGUUGCAGAGAGCAAAUAACACCGAAUAUGGCUUGGCCUCAGGGGUCUUCACAAGAGACAUCAACAAAGCCAUGUACGUGAGUGACAAGCUGGAGGCGGGAACGGUUUUCAUUAACACCUACAACAAGACGGACGUGGCAGCCCCAUUUGGUGGAAUGAAGCAAUCUGGCUUUGGCAAAGACUUAGGUGAGGAGGCCCUGAGUGAAUACCUGAAAAUCAAAACAGUGACACUCGAGUAUUAGAGGAAGGCAUCAGGAAACCUUUGAGGGACAGCCCACUUCAACACUUCAGGAGCUGAAGACCCUGACGGUGAUGAGGAAGAAAGGGCCAUCUGGAAGCCACCAAGUAGAUACAAGGACCAAGAAGAGGGUUAGACCACUUGUAUGAGCAUUUACCUGACUGGGGGCCUCAAAAAAUUCCAGUACACUUUUUAUCACCAAAUAGCUUAUCUCUUUUUAACAACAUUGGGUGCUGUAUGUUUUUCAAAGCUCCCUCCCUCCCAGGAAUGUCUAUGCUCUUCCAGGUCACCCAUCCUGAACAUGCUGACCUCACUCACAGGCACACUUAAAGAGUUCUGGGUCUCAAGCCCCAAGACGUAUAUACUGAACACUGACAAGCCUUUCUUUAGCUAUGCAUUCAAACAACAGUGUAUCCUACAGAGAAUGUGACCCCUGCUCUCUUCCUUUCUUCCAUGAGAAGAUUGGUCUUUGUGCCUUUGACUAUUUUGUAACCCACUGUGACAGUCAGGCAGCUUCUGAGCCUUUCUUCCACAUUUACCUACAUGGUACAAAGUACUGUAAAGUUCAGAGGACACCCAAUUGUUGGCAUCAUCUUUGAUCCUCUACUUUAAAUCCUAGUAAACAGCCUGUGAUGGCCAAUCAUGGUCACACUACACCAGCUUACUGUGUGAGUUGGGGAAAACUACCCAACUUGUCUGAGGUCUGGCCUCCUCAUGUGUUAAACAGGAGUAGCAGUGCCUUCCGCAAAAGCCUCAUUACAAGGACUCUGUGCUUCAUAAUUCAUGUAAAUAUUCAAUUAAAUUUAAAUCUUUCCAUAACUACUCUAGAAAUACGGCCAUAAAUUGAUGAGAUUCAUGAACUUCCUAGGCAGUUCCUUAGUCAAUGAAGUUAACUGAUGGAUGAAUAAACUUCCUAUAUGUCUCAAUAAUCAAGGCUCGGACUACUCUUCCGUGCCCAUUCUUCUUACACAGUGCAUAAUACAGCAGGUUGCUGCCAACUGCCGUGCAAUGAAAAAUGGUGCUAGGCACACAUAGUGAGUGGUUCAUGCCUGCAACACCAGACUCUGGAGGACAGGGCAGGGUCCUUAUUGUUGACCUGAGUUCAACCUAGGCUAUGCAGAAAGUGUGAGGCCAGCCUGGGUCACACUAACAGACCCUCUAUCAAAACCAGAAAAACAAAACCAACAUUUAAAAUAUGUCAGUGGCACCAGGAAAAGGGUCACCUUUCCCUGGAUGCUUACUUUGCUGUUUACAGGACAUGUUGGUUCUCACUGCUGCGUCUGCUGCUCACUGGCUGUGUGUAGUCAGGGGAGUCAGUGACCUCCUGUCUCCAUUUGUUACAUGUAAGAUGAUGGUAAGCUCUGUGACUGACUUGGUGUAGUGGUGGAAUGCCCUCCCAACGAGCUGCAUCGUGCCACUGAUCCUGUGCGGGGCUCACAAGGUUUCCCACUGUGACUCAAGUUCGAUUGUCACCACUGACAGGCAACCAGACAAAGGGGAAUUCCUGAGCACAGAACUGAUGUGCAGCAAUCCAUUAAUUUCUUGCGAUAACUAGAGAGAUAGGUGGUCCCCAAAAUAAUGAAGAGGCUGGGUUGGAAUGGGGUCUAGAGGGUGUCAGAGGCAGUACUCGUGGCAUAGGACCUAGGCAUCCAUGACCCCAGUGCAUGGCAAGUUAAAUGGAAAGGAAGGGUCUAUCCAACAUGGAAAUGUACUCUGCCACAGGACAGGAGCCUAAGUAAUGUGAGGAGGGCACUUGAGAGAGCCAAGCUUUGCUCUUUCUGUGUGCUCAGUCUCUCUGUGUCUGUCUGUUUCCCUCCCAACUCUCAUACCUAAUCAGUGUAUCCAUGACCUCCGAGACAUGCCACCCUGACACUCACUACAGUCUGUCUGCACUUCUGGCUAGGAAGGCUCAUCACACACCCCUUCCUAAACCACAAGUGGACGAGAAUGGUGGGAAGUCCAGAGAUCUGAAUCUGCUAGAAACAUAUUCUGUUUCUUCAGAACCAUGAAUCAGGAAUCAACUGAUAUUUAAGCCCAAGAACUUUACUGACACAAAGCUGAGAGGAAAGAUUUUAUUGACACUACAUAUUCCACCCCAAGUGAGGCCCUGUAACAGGCACUGAGGGCCUCACACAGAGCAGUGGAUACACAGCAAUACACUCCAAUACAGCAAUACACUGCAAUACACAAGCUGGUUAUAAUUACCAUAGCUCAAUACAACUAAACACACAAAUAGAUUCAUUUAACAUGACAACUUUGUAUAAGAUAUUUAAACCCUGUUUUCUGAUUCACUUUCUAUAUAGUGCAGAGAAAACUACUCAAAAGACUUUUUUAAAAAAAUGUAACUGUCAUACAAUAUACACAAAUAUGAAGUUACAGUUUGAUAAGGGUUUGCAUGUUAUAUUGGAAGCACUAAUUGAACUCAACAGGUUACAUACAUACAUAAGUACAUACAUUGGCCAAUAAAGGAAAGACUCAGUGAGAACCAGCCAGUCUCCUCUGAGGAUGACAGGUACACAAGGCCCUGGCCACACCCACUAAUGCCCCUCCGGUAUCUGCUGGCUGCCUUGUUAUGUGGUAUUUGGCUUCCAUCUCUGUCUCUGCUUUCACUGCCUUGUGAGAGACCACUGUUUACUUAGGAUAUACACUGUUUCAGGUUCUAAGUGUCUACCCUGGGCUUUCUAGACUUUAAAUUACCUUCAAGACUUUAAAUUACCUUCAAGUUUUGCUUUUAUGUUUCUGAUUUCAGGCUUUAUAGGGGGUGGUAGGGGGUUAUUCUCAAUUAUGUUAUUAAACAUGAAAUUUUAGUAUGAUGCCCUUAUAAUUUUGCUAUUUUACAGUCACAAUCUUUAAUGUGUAUAUAAUUUACCCUCAUAUAUGAUUUGAUGCUAAAUCUAACUUUUUUGGAAGUAGCCAGUCCUGACAUCUUGACUCAUUUUACACUGACUUGAAAUAUCAGCUUUGUAGUAAGUUUUCAUUCUCCCAGACCCACACAAAUGCAGCACUAACUG